AUGACGAGCAAAACACAACAAGCCUUCCAAGGAAAAGAAUGCUUCAGUCGUAUGAAUUUUCUCUAUCAAGCAUCCAUGCUAAUGGCUGGCAGCAACAACACUUUGGCUUCUUACUAUGGCGAACUGUGUCGGAACAUUGGCAAAAAGGCAGUGCUUAGAAUUCAUCCGGACGUUAAGCGACAACUAUGCAAACGUUGCUCCCUCGCAUUGCAGCCGGGCAUUACGGCUGAUUUUAAUGCAACUGCACGGCGGAAACGGCGAAAGUGCUCCAAAAAUACCCACAGUAUGGACGAAAAUACAAGUUUUCAAUUGACAUGUCGCCAGUGUAGUUUUAAACGCCAGUAUUUAUUAAAUCCGCAAUUCAAGUUUUGGCUGGAGAAUGAGGAGUCGGUGGUGGAAUCCAUUACUCUAAGAAAUGAAACUACUAAAGAUGAACAAAUCGUGGCUAACAAUUGUGAAGAACAAAGUAUCACAACGCAGAAACAACACGAUAUCAAAUAAGUAAACGAAUGGACGUGGGAAAAUGUAAAAUAACAUAUUUAGUAAGAAUUAUGAAAUACAAGAUUUGGCUAACCCAAGUUAAAUUCUAAAACUAACUUAAGACUACUACGUCAUAGGUGAGUUGAUGAGAGAGGGGCACUCACUUAAGUCAUUUGCCCAGGAGUACGACGGAUCUUCCCCACUUCUGACAGAUGUGCUAGGAAUGUCAUCUCGCAGUUGGUGGCUUAUAAAACCAGCUAAAUUCUCCAAGUCAUCUUGUUCCAGAUCGCAAAAUUCUUCCUUUACAACCGGCAAGGGCUCUGAAGCAACAUGAAACCCUUUUAAUAUAAUUCCUGUGAAAAUAUUUACAUGCAUUUUAUAAAUAUUGACAUUCAUAGAUUAUACAUAAAUUAUAGUUUUUA